AUGACAGACAACCAGAACCAGAAUCUUGGGUCGAAUAAAGGGGAGAAGCAAGUCAAAAUCCCCAAUCAGGGUGAAGCAGAAGUCGAGAGUUCCAAUGAGUCUGGUGAGACGCAAACUGAGUCGACAAGGUCUCAAAGUACCGACGCGAGAGCACCAGAUUCUGAUUCCGGCCUCGAAGGUAUAUCUACCGCUGCCGUUCGGCGCCUAAGCGUCACAUUCACUCGCGACACAAUUAACGCAGCUACUCAAGGAAUUCACAGCAACACUGAGGCCUACAGACGGAGAACAGGCCAGUCAGACUAG